AUCGAUUUCGACCAAUCUAGCCGCUAUGUGCACUCCUUUUCCUCUGCUGGUUGCCCACGAGAGCCUAUCGCCUAUUCGCCUCCUCCGCUCCUCAAAUCCCAAUCCCCACUCCCACCUCACUCCCCCCCUCUCUUCGCCUCCCUCUCUCUCUCCUCCGCCAUGGUCAUGGACAAGUCCAGCCUCCCGCCGCCGCCGCCGCCUCCCGCCUCUUCCGCUUCCGCCGCCGCCGCCUCUUCCGCCCUCAAAGCCCUGAACAAGUCAUCCUACAAGAUCUCCAAGCAGACCUCCUCGUCAUCUCUGGCUUCGAUGAAGGCAUCCCAAUCGCCACCGCCGCCGCCGCCGCAUCCUCGCCGCCCUUCUCCUCCUCCGCUCCCGCCGCCGCCGGCUCCUCCUUCGUCCGCCCCCGCCGCGGUUGACCACCCGCCGCCGCAACCGCCUGUGUACAACAUCGACAAGUCCGACUUCCGGGACGUCGUCCAGAAGCUCACCGGCUCCCCCUGCCACCUCCUCCCGCCUCAGGCUCAGCCGCCGGCCCCCGCCGCCGCCGUCUCCAUGCUCCCUCCCCAGCCCCCGCCUCCUACCAUCAUGGCGCCUCCGCCCCCACCCCCGCCGUCGGCCAUUCCGACCCGCCUCCACCGCAUCCGGCCGCCGCCGCUGGCUCCGCCCCGCCCGCCGCCCAUCCUGCAGCCGGCACCGCCCGCGCUCUCUCCGCUUCCGCCGCUGCCGGCCGUCUGCAUGACGGCGGAGUCCCCCAUCUCGGCCUACAUGCGCCGCCUCCGCGGGAUGCCGUCGCCGAUCCACGUGCCCACCUCGCCGCUCGGGUUCGGGUGCCUGCCCUCUCCACGGACGCCGCCAUCGCCCGGUGUACCCAUGCCGGCCACCAGCCCCCGCGUCCGCGACCCGUGACCGAGAACCAGCCAUGGGUGCUCCUGCUGCUGCUGCUGCUGCUUCCAAUGUGUAGAUAUGGCCGGUGUAGGAGAGAUCUGGCGAGGCGGCGGCGACGACGAAAGGAGGAAGGAGCAAUACAAUUACAAUGUGUUAGCUUCACCUUAAAAUCUUAGCUCAAUUUUUUUUAGCAUGUUCUACCUACCUUAUAAUAUUUUGUUGGUGUAUAUGGCGAUGAAUUGAUCAUGUUUGGCUAAUUUUGUAACAAGCUUAUGCAAUAUGUAGUAGCAAAACUCAAAUCUUUAUAUGCAAAAUUUAUUUAGAAGAAUUUCAUGGAAGAUGAUUGUUCAUGAUCUGAUUUCUUAAGGUGUUGGUGAAUCAUGAUCCUACAUGCCUUGUACUGGAAAUGUUUUGAACUACUCCGUAGGUUAAUUUGUUUGUGUUUGUGAAGUACAGAUUACACCUCAGAAGCUGAUCAAAUCUAAGCUCGGUGCAGAUGCCACCAGAUGUUUGAGCUUGGUCUUUGAUGAGUGAUUGGUAUUUGGAUCAUUGUUCAUGACAGAUUUUGUUCUGUAGGCGAUUGCAAUUAUGCUUCGA